AUGUUUAUAACAACGUACAUAUUUUUUCUAUUAGUAUCGAUUAGUUAUGGUCUUAUUUGUAUCAGCCAUGAAAAAUCGUAUAUUAUAAAAACGGCAAAUCUCAAUCUUGAACGGCUUCAGAAUGAAUUAAAUAAUUUAACUACAAGUCAAGUCACUGGAGAUGCUUUAUGUAGCGUUGAAUUUUUUAUGUCACCUGGUUCUCCAGUACUAGCUAUUCAAUUUAAUAUGCAAUCUAAUAAUAAUAAACUUUCUGAUAGAGAAAUUCAAUUCGAAACAUUAAUAGAAGCAACAGAAAGGUGGGAAACCGAACUAACAAAUACACUUACAUAUACAUGUUCAUUCCCAAAUGAAUGCAAUAAACAAUUUGUAUUCGAUCAUUUUUCAUGGUUUCUUGAACAAAGUUAUUUACAAUUGCAUAAAUCAGUCGAUUCAUUAGUGUUAAACACAGCUAGACAACCAGGUAACUCAAUCUGUGAGCAUCCGUAUUUGCACAUUUUCUCUUAUUUAUAUCACACAGGGCGGUGUUUUAAUGGAACCAAUAUCGCUACAGUAUGUCCCAGUAAAAUAUGUGUGGCAGUUUAUUCAACUGACGAUGAUGUAUUUCGAGCGAUGUGUGCCAUUAAAUCAAGUCGAAAAAGUGAUUUUGUGAUUACUACUAGAAUCAAUACACUAACUCGCAUUGAGAAGCAAUCAGUUAUUUUCAGAUGCAAUUAUGAUAGUUGUAACAGCGAAGAAUAUUUACUUCAGUUAAAGAUAGGUAUUAAAUUGUAUUAUGAUCUGUCAGCACUACGUAAGGUAGUUCAUUAUAGCAAUGAAUUAGUCAGUUCUCAAAAAUUGUCAAUAACAACAAGUUCCGAAGCAAUAACAACAACAUCCGAAGCAAUAACAACAACAUCCGAAGCAAUAAGAACUCUAACAAGUAUUUCUGUAGACACAUUGGCAAUCAACUCCAGUUUGAAUACAAUAAUUGUUUUCAAUGUAACUAACAUCGCUAAAAAGAUACAAUAUUCUUUUAUUUUACUUGGAUUUGUUUUCGUAUUAAGAGUGAAGAUGUGA